UUGAAAUGUCAAGGCCGCCAUGUUCUGGCUAUAACAAAACUCAAAAAUGGAUUACUUCGUAACCAUAUAAGUACAUGAAUAAGGAAAACAAGAAAAGAAAAAGUUGUUCUCAAGAAAACAAAAAUGGGGAAAUGCCCUGUUUUGAUGAUAUUGCUCUCUUUUUCUCUUCUUCUAGUCUUUGAAACACUAAAUGGUGUUGACGCUGUCCAGUGUUUCGGAAGUCCAUACAAGCGUAACAGUAGCUACGCUAGGAAUCGCCGGAAACUCUUCUCUAAUCUUGCUGAAAAAGUCGUUGAUAACAGCGGAUUCUACAACGCUUCAUUCGGCCAGUUUCCCGACAGAGUUUAUGGUCUCGCCAUGUGCGCAAGAGGCUACGAGCAAGAAGCUUGUUUCAAUUGUGUCCAAAGAUUGGCUAACUCUACAAUAGAUGACUGCCAAAGCCGAAAGGAUUCGUUCAUGUGGGGUGAGGAUACGGAUGCAGCUGUUUCUUGUCUUGUUCGUUCCUCAAACCACUCAACUUUUAGGAGCCUCAAGCUUAGUCCUCCUUUUGUACAGCCAAGUCCAAAUACUAUCCAGGCAUCUACGUUGACCCUUUUCUUACCACAGUGGGAAGCAAUGGUUAAUCGGACCAUUGAGGCUGCCACCAAGGCUAAAAAUUCCUCGGUACUUAAGUACUAUAGAGCCGAAAAAGCCGGGUUUGCGGAUUUUCCAGAUGUUUAUAUGCUGAUGCAGUGCACACCCGACAUAUCUUCCAAAGAUUGCAACACAUGUUUGAGAGAUUGCGUGAUAUACUAUAGAAAACAGUAUCUUGGAAGAGAAGGAGGCAUGGCUAGUUUCCCAAGCUGUUUAUUCAGGUGGGAUAAAUAUGCUUUCCAUGGUGCUUUUGAUGAUGUAAAAAGAGUUCCUGCGCCUCCUCCUGGGCCUCAUGUUAAUGAAGAGGAGAGUUCAACAACAAACAAGAAAGGAAGAAGCAUUGGGUAUCGCGGAAUUAUCGCUAUAAUCGCGGUUCUUACUUUCAUUAAUAUUUUGGUGUUUAUUGGCUUCAUCAAAGUAUAUGCUCGGAGGAGAAAACAAAAAAAUGUUGGUAGCGCAGAGUACUCUGAUUCUGAUGGUCAGUUCAUGUUACGGUUUGAUCUUGGUAUGAUCGAAAGAGCAACCGAUGACUUCUCUUCUGAAAAUACGCUUGGCCAAGGUGGAUUUGGAACGGUCUAUAAGGGUACAUUCCCAAACGGGAAAGAAGUAGCGGUGAAGAGAUUAACAAAAGGUUCAGGACAAGGAGAUACAGAGUUCAAGAAUGAGGUUUCACUCUUGACAAGACUCCAACAUAGGAAUCUUGUUAAGCUUCUAGGGUUCUGUAAUGAAGGAGGUGAAGAGAUUCUUGUCUACGAGUUUGUCCCCAACGCAAGUCUUGAUAACUUUAUCUUCGAUGAAGAGAAGCGUUCGCUUCUUACUUGGGAGGUAAGGUUCAAAAUUAUAGAAGGCAUUGCUCGAGGUCUACUUUAUCUCCAUGAAGAUUCUCAGCUGAAGAUUGUUCACCGAGACUUGAAGUUGAGCAACAUCCUUUUGGACGCUGAGAUGAACCCUAAAAUUGCAGAUUUUGGUACAGCGAGGUUGUUCGACACUGAUGAGACUCGAGCUGAAACAAAACGAAUAGCUGGAACCCGUGGAUAUAUGGCUCCGGAGUACCUAAAUCACGGAGAAAUCUCCGCGAAAUCUGACGUUUAUAGCUUCGGCGUCAUGCUUCUAGAGAUCAUAAGUGGUGAAAAAAACAAGAGCUACGAAGGAGAAGGACUUGCUGCUUUUACAUGGAAGAGAUGGGUUGAAGGGAAGCCUGAGAUUAUAAUUGAUCAUAUCUUGAAAGAGCAUCCAAGAAACGAGAUCAUCAAGUUGAUCAAGAUCGGUUUGUUGUGUGUUCAAGAGAAUGCAGCAAAGAGACCAACCAUGAGCUCUGUAAUAAUGUGGCUUGGAAGUGAGAAAAUCCUCAUUCCUUUACCUGAUGCUCCUGCUAACUCUGGAAGUCGAUCACAAUCUGAAAGUGGUACAACAACAGUGUCAAUGAGCGGCGAUGUCUUCACGGAGUUGGCUUGUCGUUGAGUUUAAUCAAAAUGUUGUUUCCGAAAGCAAACUAUACAUUUUUAUCUUGUGUUCUUGAUCUUGAAAUAUGAUAAUCUUUCAUUGUAUCUUGUGGUCUUGAGAUGUUUUUUCGUUUUGGUAAAUAGAAAAUUUAUAUA